AUGGCGCUUGUUAGGGCCAUCUUUAGUUGGUCUCUAUGGGCCACCACUUUAAGGAUGAUGGCCACCGCCCCUUCGACUAGGCCCUCUCGUCUUCACAGUCCCAAUGGGAGGCCCGUUUUGUGCAUCACUUGGCGAUGUGGGAAAAGUAGGCGGCCCAACAACUUGUGGAUGAAAAAUGGACUUCAAAAGGAAAAUAAAAAUGCAGCCAUGGGCCCAUGGGACGUGUUAGGGCCAUCUUUUGUUGGUCUCUAUGGGCCACCAAUUUUAUGGAUGGCCAACGGCCCUUCCCGAAGGCCCUCUCGUCUUCACAGUCUCAAUGGGAGGCCCGUUUUCUGCGUCACUUGCCGCUGUGGGAAAAGGCUUAGCGGAAGCCGCGUUGUACCUUUGUACAACGAUAAGGCUAAUGUGCUCGGAAUUGUGAAAGUUAAGGUCCCGAUUGCCUUGAGCCUGGUGGUUAAUUCGUGCGGGAAGAAAGUGCCACAAGGAAUUGAUCAAAGUGGGUCAAAAGGAAAUAAAAAUGCAGCCAUGGAACGUGUUAGGGCCAUUUUUUGUUGGUCUCUAUGGGCCACCACUUUAGUGGCCAUGGCCCCUAGGUGA